UUAAGAUUCUCUAGGUCAUUAUCAACCUUAGAUAAUGUCGAAAGAUGUAAACAGGAAGCUUAAUUAGGAUCAACCUGGGUUUUUAACUUAUUUUUAAUGUGUGUUCAGAAAGUAUUAGUUUUUGCUAACUGUGACAUUGAUGCUGCUUGUUCCUGCAAAAUCUUGCAAUGGCUUUUCCAAUGCGACAGUAUUGUUUACUCGUUAGUUCCGGUUCAAGGUAUCCAAGAUAUGAUUACAGCUUAUGAAGAACAUGCAUCAGAAGUGAAAUAUGUGAUCCUUGUGAACUGCGGAGGAACUCUUGAUAUUGUAGAGAUACUGCAACCGGAGCCAGACGUAAUAUUUUACAUUGUCGACAAUCAUCGCCCGACCGACGUUUGCAACAUUUAUAACAAUGAACAGAUAUACAUUGUGCCUAAACCAGGCGAUGAAGAGACCAUCCCAGACUUUGACGAUAUUUUCGGCAAUGACGAUACAGACGAAGAGGUUAACAGUGAGGAAGAAGAAGUUGACAGUGAGACAGAGGGUGAGUCUAGAGGGGCAAAGCGACAACGACUGAACGAGGCUUCUAUUUUGAGACAAAGAGAGCGACGACUGUGGGAGGAAAAACGGAACAGAAUCAUGUUUGACUACACACAGUUCACUUACUACGGCCGAUCGAGUGCAAUCUUAAUGUAUGAACUUGCGUGGAAACUCUCCAAGGACAAUGUUGAUGUUUUAUGGUGGGGCAUUGUUGGAGUGACUUCUCAGCUGGUGUUGCGACAGGUGACUGUCGAGCGGUACCAGUCCGAGAUCGAGCGCAUCACUCUGCACAUCGGCCGCCUCUGUCCCCCCAUUACCACCACUGAUGAUGACCAAUCGAGUGUCCACUCCAGAAGUGAGACCUGCAGCAACUACACCACUGCUACAAGGGUCACUGGGGAUAAAGAUUUGUCACUGACCCUCUACCGUCACUGGACUGUAGAACAAUCUCUGAGGCAUUCCCUGGAGACAGCAACCAGACUGAGGUUGUGGACCAUCCGAGGAGAGAAGAGACUACAACAGCUGCUGGCGGAGAUGGGAUUGCCGUUGGUAGAGAGCCGACAGUUGUUCUCUGCGAUGGACCUCUCGCUCCGUCGUCAAUUCCACACCAUGAUGGACAAGAUGGCCGAGUCCCAUCAGCUGGACGUCGUCUUCUCCUCCUUCACACUGCAUCACGGCUGUCGGCGGAGGUACCAGGCGAUGGACUUUGUCUUUGCAAUGUUGGCGCUGUUCAACCCCACCGAAAAAGAGAUUAAGUACAUCGACUGUUUUCAAGAUGCUGUAGCAUGUCUAUCGAGGCAACACAGAACAGUUCUAGAAGAAGGUAUAGAGCGAGCCAAGAAACUGCUGACAAUCCUGUAUAGACAGACUCACAACGCUCUAGACAUGAAACAGAUCAUAUCUGCUGGGCCGUUCCUCUACAUGGUUAUACAGGAGGGUAGCCUAGAUGCUUGCUACUACAGUGAGCCAACGUGUCUAGGCUUGCUUGCUCAAGUUGCACUGCGAGCCUAUGUCCAGACAUCUCGGAAGAAAGCAGCAGGUUUGCCGCUGAUAGUGUCUGCACCGCUACAUGGAUCCCCGGGACAUUGCAUAGUCCUAGGUGUCCCACCUGUAGCUGAAGCUGUACCUCGCAAUUUUUUUGGAAAGGCGUUUGAGCAAGCUGCAGAGAAAACAAACUCGCAAGUUGAAUUGGAAUACUUUGAUAGUUCUGUGAUGAGAAUGAAAGUUGAAGAUCGGGCGAAAUUCUUUGAUGCGCUCACAGCUCUUCUUAGCUGAUUGGUCAAAUGGACAAGUAAAAGAAGUGUACAAAAAAUGUAUAUAAAGUAGUCUUCGCCUAGUUGCAAUUUAUGUUUUUUAUAUGUAUAACAACGGUUAAGGUUCACAGUUAUAUCUAGCAUAAGUGAAGUUUGAUUGUAAAUCACUGCAUCCACCGAUAAAUUUAAUAUAGUUUUUAUUUAAUUUAAGUUUCAUUGAUGACGAGUAGCUGUAAGCAAAUAUAUGAGAUUUGAUCGUU